ACGUUAAUAUUUAACGGGUUGCGUAAGUUAGUUUACUCUGUUGUAACGUUUUUGCCGUAUUUACUGUGUGUAUCCUGUGUUUACUCCUGAUUGAAUUUUAGACCUGACUGACUGGCUGGGGGAUUAACUAACAAUCACUUCCAUUAGUUGUGUGUUUAGCAAACCUUGAGGGAGUGAGGUCACAGGUAACAUUUAGCAAGAACACAGGAUAUUGUUUCCAUUGUAUCUUAUUGUUUGUUUUGAGACUGUUAAGGCAACAUUUCCUUUUAUGAUUUAGGAAAUGGCAGCUUAGAAAUAUUAACAUUCUUCAUGUUAAUUUUGUCCAAGCUGACACCUGUUUAUGAAGUGCUUCAGUCAUGGUCCUGGACCAGUUCUAUGGAAAUUCAAAACACAAAGCUGACAUGCCUCUGUUUCAACAGAUGAAAUGGAUCCACAGCCGUGACUUGAGCAUUUUUCAAUUCUUCCUGCGAGAGCACAGGGAACCUUUGUGUUUGUGUUUGACCUCAGUGCUGUGCUGUUCCAGCCAGACCGUGUGGUUGUAUAGAAGAAAGCCUUGUUCUCGUGCUGUGUGGGCUGGAAUCCCCCAGUUUUGACCCGUUGCCCUACUGUAGCGUGGGCCUGCUUUUUGCCCAGCCUUUUGACGUCUGUCAGUGCUACUCAUCACUACUCACUGUCAGACUGAUAUGUGAAGUCAGCCAUGCAAAUUCAAGGAAAGGCCAUCUGAGGCUGAAUACAUGGUGCCUGAGGGGCUUCACAAAUAGGCUAUGUUCUCCAUCUCUGUCCCUUUUUUAUACUGUGAAGCAUAUACAUUACACACAGAAAAUCUGUUAAGAUUAAAAUUUAGUUACAUUUAUUUAUAAUUUAUCAGGGACAAUGUUGACAGUGCUCAUGGGUUAUAAUACGUGGACCAGUAGACCACACAGGGAGUUGAUUGUGUGAGGUUUCAGUGUAACUUUAGCUGGUACUGCACGUGCCUCAUGUUUAGGGGGACUUGCACAUCACUGAUGUCUUGAAUGUAUUUUUCUGAAAAUUGAUUUUGCAUCCGUAUUUUUGACUCUAUUCAGGACUCAACCUUCAGACAUCUGUAUUCUUGUUACUAAUGGUAUUUCAGUGCAAUGAGCCAACAGUGAGUCUUGGUGAUCUUGGAAUCUGGUGUCAGAGCACUGCUGUAGCGUUGGGAUCAAGUGUCGAGCUGCUUGUGUACACCAGUAGGCCUUUGGAGAACUUAUAACCUCUACUACGAUCCUACCCUGUGUUUUCUUUUUUCACCUUUAUAGUUGUCCUAAAGUGUAGAACUUAAACUGUACAAACCCUUAUUGCACCUAGGCCUCCCGUCAUUCUGUCUCUCUCCUUAUUUAUCCUUUGCUUAAAAUGCCUGAUCCAUUCUUGCAUAAAAAAGGGACUUUGGCUGCUUAGCAACAGUGAAUGCCAACUCGGUGUGACCAGCCUUGGCCACUCCCCCUGCACUGGGCUCUGCAUGGAUAAGGUAACAUGUUGCUGUCUGUCUUUCUGCCUCGCUCCCUCUGCAAACUUGCGAGUGGAACAGAGUGCAGAGUCUCGCAGGGCCUUCAUGUGCUUGUGUCAGGGAGCAGGCAGUAGUUGCUAAUGGUGUCAGACAGAAGUGCUGUCGGGGAAAAUGCUGAUCCACUCCUGCAGUAGGCCUGCUGGACGUAAUCACGUUACAUCAGGAAGGAGAGGAAGAUAAAGAACCUAAUGCACAGUUGCCUGUGAACACAACGCCGGCUGCCUGGUUGGCUGGAUUUAGUGGUUUUGGAAGGAAAGCAGUAAUGGGAUUGUCCAAGUAUAAUAGCCUGGGUGAACCUGCAGACAGUGAGUGAUAUCUGCUACAGGCAAGACGGCUGACUGGACAUUUUAUUUUCUGCAUUGCAACAUUGAAUAGAGAGUGGAGUUGUUGACCAGGAGUUUAUUUUAUUUAUAAGCAUUUGGGAACGUCCCAGGAAACAGGAAAUGUCUGACAAGACGUUUCACGUGUCCACUCAUCAAUCUGAGAGGAUUGUCUCUGUACACCACAGAGGCCUGCACCUGGGUCCACCACCAAAUGGUCAGCAUAGCAACUCGUCCACAUCCUCUCUACCUCACUCCAGCAGUAGCGUUUUUAACCCGAGUGAUGGAGAAGGCGCCUCCCUCCCUCAAAUCAGCAUGCAGGAGUACUGCAUCAGUGAAGGUUCCCCUGUGGAUAAUGCCUACAGUGCUGCCUUAACACAGGAGGAUACAUUAUCUAGUGUGAGCAUGAAACUUAACCAAACAUUUAUUGCCACACCUGUUAAUGCCAGUAUGAAUUUCUGGAAUGACAAUUUAAGUACGAUGCACGACCAAGAAACCGGAUCAGAGGAGUACCAGAUUUUCCACAACACAGCGGGUGAAAGUAAUAACCUAAUUCCUUCACCAGAUUCUGCUGGGAUGGAGAGCCAGUCGAGUUUAUGCGAGCUGUCCCGGAGCGGGUCUUUAGAUAAUAGCAGUUAUUCCCUAAGCUCUGGGGAAAUGGUCAUAAGGAGCAACAGUUUUUGUCGGGAAGACCAGUCCCUCCUAGUAGUUUCCCCCCUAGAUGAAUCCUCACCCUCUCCAGCUGCGGGUCAUCCAGCCUUACCUGGUACAUCUAAUCUCCUAUCAGUCACUCUGCCUGACGUGUCUGAAAAGUCACCAGAAAGAAUCGCGGAGGACAGCAAAAACCAUCCAUGUCUUGGUAGGACUUUCAUUACAACAGACAACUGUGAUUUUCUCACGGAAGAAAACGAGAUAACAUCCUACUCUCUAGUAACUCUGCCAGAUGAGAAUGCAACGGUUUUUCUAAUGACCUUUAACUGUGAAUCAUCCUCUGAAGAUGGUGUAAAAGAGGCUAAGUUUCCCAAUGAGGCAGAUCGCAUGCCCCAUUUCCCCAGAGCAAUUACACCAGAACAAGGCAAGUCCUUUGUUUCCACUCUGUCAACUAUGCAAGACACGGAUGAUAUUCAUACUUCUACACCAGUGCAAAACAUGGGGAACAUGAUACACAGUCUCCCGUCCUUUUCAGAGUCCCCCUUCACCGCUAACUUAAGCAGCCCAGGACUUAACCCAGUUAAACAGCAGCCAGUGUCUGUGACUCCUAAGGAACAUGUGUUUGCAGCGCUGCAAAUGAAAAGGGCUCCUAAUUUAGGCGUUGGUGGUAUAGAAUCUAAAGUCAUAACAAGAACAAGGCCUCAAAUAUCAGUGCCAAGCCCACUUUCCCAAUUCGAACCGUCACACACAGGAGGGAAUCAAGGGUCAGCUAAUAGGAUUAGUCCUACAAAAGCAAUCGGUGGACCUACUCUUGUCUGUACGACAACUAAAAUUGUCAGUAGUGUCGACAGACAAGUGCAUGAAGAGGCUGGCAACUUGGACAUGACACUGAUCCAGUCAAGUGGACUUACUUCUGUUGAUGGACAAGACAAUAAUGGGGCAUUUCCAGUAGACGGCAACACAAACUCAAAUGUACACAGUUCACCAAUCCUUGGAAGUAAUCCCACAUGUGAAGCUGCACAAGUAGCCUUAAGCCAAGUAGUAGAACCCUCAGCAAAACAUGCUGCCAACCAGACCUUCUGCUUCACAUCCCCAGAAAAAUCCCCUAAUGUAAGUGGCCAAACAGAUCCUAGACCAACUCCAAAGCAGGGCAUGUCAGUAAAAAUUGAGGUCAAGACGGGCUCAGCUUUAGGUCAACAAAAGCCUCCAGUCCUCAAGACACGGCUUCGCUUCUCAUCAGCUAGUUCACCAAUGCCUAGGUCGCCCAAGGAGAAGAGAAUUCCAGCUAGCUUCACCAUUCCCAAAGCAGGCCUCCACCCAAGCCAGACCAAAGCAGGGAAUCUUAACGGCUCCUCCCAGAAUAAAAGAGCCACUAAGACUGAGGCUUUGAACAGACCAGCUGAAAAUUCCUCUACAGAAGUUAAGAAGAUCAGCCUCAUAGAAGAGUCCGGCAAAUCAACGUCACAAGAAGCCUCAUGGAAUGAAGGCAAGAGUAGAUUUCGAAGAGGCUCAUCACCGACACCAAAAAGAGAAACGCCGCUAUCGCAGUCUCUAGCUGCCAGUCACAGACCAGCUUCUCUGUCAACCAGGCAGAAGCAGGGAACACUGGGAAGGGAUAACUGUGCCACCUCCAGAGCUAUACCACAGUCCAAACUGAAGAACACUACAGGCUUUCAGAAAGCACAGGCAACAGAAGAGCCCUCUAUUGGAAAUGGUUCUGCAGCAAGUACUAAGCACCAGCUGAAUGGAUUCCCGACUCCAACUCGCCCUUCUCUUAUCGGGCGGCCUCCUACUCCUCUACUACUGCUACGCAAGACCCCAAGACCCUCCAGGGUCCUCAGUGAAGCUGGUGUUCCUAGUGAGCUGGGUAAAGAUGCUAAGAGUACACAAGUUUCUGCAGGAGCUGCAAGUAAACCAACCCCAUUCAAGUCUCUAUUCAAACCAAGGCACAUCUCUACCUCUGGGACAAACACUCAUCCAACGACGUUGACCACAGCAAUCAAGCCGCCUGCUUCAACCAGCAAACAGGUUUCAAGUGCUACAGCAAGUCCUCUAAUAAGAACGGGUUCUGCCAGGCUUGUUUGUCCAAAUCCAUAUGUGGACAAAAACAAACCCAAGGCUGGGGCCUGCCAGCAACGUUCUCAGCAGCAAUCGGCCCAACCAAAUCAAAGCAGCAGACCCCCAGGUGUGGUACCAGCGAGUGUCGCCAAGGUCGAGAGGAAGAACCACACAGUCCAGCAACUCCAAGGGCUCCUGGCAGCCAGUCACCGCAGAUUUGAGGCAAUGACCAUAGUCUUGCAGCAAACGUUGGCCAAGAGUGAGGAAGCCACACGGCAGUGCAGGGAGCUUUCUCAGGAGCUGGUCAACCUUCGGGGAGAGCUGGUUUGUUCCGUCCAUUCCUCGGAGCGUCUGGAGAAGGAGAAGGAGGAGCUGCGUGUUUCUCUGGACAAUGCACUGCAAAACCUGCAGGAGCAGCAUCAGAAGGAUCUGUCCGAGCAGGAAGAAAGACUGCGAGCCUUCUACCAGGCUGAGUGGGACAAGGUCUACCUCACCUACCAGGUGGAGGCUGACAAGUGCAAGAGUCUCAUGCAACAGCAGAUUAAGAUUUCUUUCUCUCUCCUUCAAUCGAGUCAUGAUGCAAAGAAGCUGGAACUCCAGAGCAGCCAUGCUGAGCAGCUCCAGUGUAUUAAACAGCAGUGUGACAUGUCACUAGAAGAGCUCAGGAAAGCCCACAGUGAUGAGCUGCAGUCUCUGGAAACCACUUUGAAGCAUGCUGAAGCUUCACUGUCUGCACAGAUUCAGGAGCUGACUCUGGAGAACAAUGCCCUGAUUGAGAAGCUAACAGCAGAGGAGAACAAGAGGAAAGAGAUGGCUGAGAACAGUCAGAAAGACUCUCACACCCUGUAUCUGGAGCAGGAGCUGGAGAGUCUGAAGGUGGUGCUGGAAAUCAAAAACAAACAGCUCCACCAGCAGGAGAAGAAGAUGAUGGAGAUUGACACCCUGACGGAGAAAAAUGUGAAGUUGGACGAAAGCCUCAAAAAGGUCCAGCAGGAGAAUGAGGACCUUAAAGCCCGGAUGGAAAAGCACGCUGCUUUGUCAAGACAACUGUCCACGGAGCAGGCCGUGCUUCAGGAAUCCCUGCAGAAGGAGUCCAAGGUGAACAAGCGUUUGUCCAUGGAGAAUGAGGAACUGCUGUGGAAGCUCCAUAAUGGGGAGCUCGGGAGCCCCCGUAAGGUGUCCCCCACCUCCACCUCACCCUUGCACUCCCCCUCCCACUCCUUCAGCCUCCAGUCCCCGCACAGCUCCAGGGUCUUCCCCAGCUCUCCUGUCUCGCCCAGAUAACGGCGGGACCCUGCUUUCUCUCUGCAACACGGAGCUACGUUUGUCUCCUGUUCACGUAUCGCGACAGCCGACGCUUGAUAAACUCUAGUUCUGUCUAUACAAAGAUGCUACAGACAAAAAAAAUUGCACAAAAGCACUUAUUAAGCAAGGCCACCUUGUUUUUUGCCUUUCUUAUCGGACACUGUGGGUUGGAAAAAAAAAUCUCAGGACUUUUAUGUAAUGAAACACUAUUUUUUGUUACUUGUGGUUGGCAAAGCUUGGUCUGCCCUGAAGCUCAGCACAUGCAUUGAAAUCAGCAAAUACAUCCAGCACUGCACUGUGGAGGAGCGCUUUGAUUCUGAAAACCACAUCCACAGAAAAUAUGAAGCGCUCUGAAUGCAGGCUCUCUUCUUCUCACGGCUGAGACAUACACUGGUAUCUCUGAAAUUGUUACACUACAUUGUCAACAUCCCACCAUUAGUUCGGGAGCCAUCAGUGCCGUUCACGCCUCCGUCUGAAUGGGCAGGUUGUUCUGCUGCCUUACUACAUGUUGGGAUUUUUAAGUGUUUAAACAUGUUUAAAUAUACAUUUAACCUGUGGCCUGAGACAUACUUUCAGCAGUUUCUUUGUCCAAGGGACCAAUCCAAGUCUGUGCAUGAAUGAGUCUUGCCAGUCACCCCUUACUGAACCCUCCGAUAUAAUGCCGCUUUAAACUCUGCUCUUUGUAAUGAGUUGACUGUAAGAGGCUUUGGCUGUAAAUGCGAGAAGUUCAAAAUGUCUUGAGUGUUUUGUGCGGAGUUGAUAUUACUGUUGUUGACCCUGUUUGAAAUAUGCAAUUAAUAAAGUCUUGUAUUUAACUUUG